UAAAUUAGAACUACUAGAAAUACCGUAUAUAGUAUUAUCAUAAUAUUCAAGUGCACAUUAGUUAGAAAUUUAAACAUUACAUUAAAUAAUUCUAAACCAGUCCACAUUGCUAAAGUUUUUUGAAGAAUGGAUAUGGAAGAUACAGAAUUUAUGGGAGAUAUAGAAAUGUCAGAAUUUACAAAAUACUCUAAUUUUCUAAAGUCUGAUCAUGUUCUUGAAAGCGUACUGAAAAAUGAAGUGGAAGAUUUAAUUUUAAAUGAAGAACUCAUAAAAUGGGGAUUUAACAAAUUUAAUGGACAAAAUAUCAUUUCGAUUGCUUGCAGCACAUCAGAGGUAACAGAACAAACACUGGAAAUACUACUGAAGUAUGUAUUUGACAACUUUUCUGAUAUAGAUCUAAGAAAUGAAGAUUGGUAUUAUUGGGAACCGAUUCAUUAUGCUGCUCGGAAUGCAGAUUACAACAAAUUAAUAACAAUUUUGAAUAGUCCCUACAAAAAGAGAAUAAAUAUAUUGUCAGUUUUUUCAGAAAAUGCAUUACAUGUAUUACUAAAAUAUAGAAAGAAAUCCAAAUCAUUCAACGUGGAUCUUGCUUUAAAUAGAUGGGAAAAGAAAACAUGCCGCGUCAUAUCUGAGGAGAAAGAUAAUUUACUAAAUUGUGCUGAAGCUUUGAUCAAUGCAGGAAUAGACGUAAACCACAAAAACAUUUGGUGUGAAUCUCCAAUAAUUAUAGCCCUUAGGUACAGAUUUCUGAAGGUAUUAAAUCUUCUUCAGCGUCAACCAAACAUUGACAUAGAUUCUUGUAAAGAUUUAGCACUUAAUAAAACAGCGCGGGAUAUAAUGAAAGAGUAUGAUAUAGACUUAAAUGGUAUUCUAUUCUCUUCUGCUGUGUUUAAUGAUCCAAUCAAUUUGCUUUUUACAUUACUUAAGAGCAACAGCGAAGAUAAAUUCCUACUUUACAACAACAAAGAUAUUAGGGAAUAUUCUAACGCCUUUGACGGCAAAGAUGGUGUAACUACAAGUGGUAAUUUGUUACAACUAUGUCUUGUCAAAGGCUUUAUUGCCUAUCAGAAAGAAAUCAGAAAAGAACAUUCAACGGACUUCAACAAAGACAUCAUGAAGACUCAAAUGCUUGACGUAUUUUGCCGCAAAGGAAUGGUAAAGAGUUUAGAACACUUACUUGAUAAUAACGCAAGCGUAAAACAGAGACACAGAAUGUUCCAGAAAUUAAACACCUUCGAUCUUGCAAUAAAACUAAGGUAUUAUCCAUUUCUGGUAAUGAUAUUUCAACAUAGAUCAAAUCAAAUACGACCAUGUGACAUUUUGAAUAAAUUGAAACUAGUACAUAAUACUAACAAUCCAAACGACUAUUAUUUCAGGCAUGUUCUCUUUUUACUGUUAAGCAAGCUGGACACUUUUUACUACAAUACCGACGACACUUUUUAUGACAAUGUCAAAAUAUUAGAUAAUGUCGUAGAUUUCUGUAUUAAAAACAACAAGAACAAUAUGUAUGAUGAAGUUAUCUACCUGGCUCUGCGAUUAGGGGCUCAUUUAUGUUAUAGAAAAAAUAGCGGAGCUGGUGUCAAAUUAGAACUUCUGUGUUCUGAAAUCUUAAGUAAUCAUCUAGAUCAGUGUAUCGAUGCUCAUAAUAAUAUCUGUUAUAACAGUAUAAUAUUUGACGAUGAAAAUCACUAUUCUGAAGUUGAUGUUAUACGAAGAUUAUAUCACAGUAACAAAACAAGUGAGCUACUUAAUCAUCCAGUGCUUAUUAACUUGAUCCAUGAAAAAUGGAGUAAAAGCAAAUACGUCUUUUAUUCAAAUUGUAUUCUCCAUUGUAUAUUUUUGGUUGUAUUGUAUGUCUAUAUGAUUUAUUUGAAGAUUAAUGCCGUUCCUCAGAUCGUACUCUAUGUAUUUUGGGUUUUUGUAACUUUUUUUUCAUUAGUGGAGUUGUGUGAAAUAUGUAUAUACAGUUUUAGAUACUUUUCGGACCCUAUGAACUACAUUGAUCUGUCAGUGCUGCCUUGUAGUAUUUACAAUAUUUAUUCUAAGGAUGAAAGAGUUAUGGUAAUAGCGAUAUUGCUAUAUACCAUUAAAGUUUUAUUGAUAUUUGGGCAAAUACCAAUAUUUACCAAAUACAUGAUCAUCUUUAGUUCAACUAAAUACUUUUUCGAAUAUGUUCUAUUCUACUUCGUCCAAUUCUUCUCAUUUGCCUUGUGUUUCUUUAUUUUGCUCACCCCAGAAUCUGAGUUCAAUGUAUUGGGGCAAAUUUUCGUAAAACUAUUUGAAAGCCUAUUUUUCUUUAUAGGGCAGUAUGAUGGGGAAAUAUCCCAUCCCAUUAAUUUUCCUAUCUUUUCCCGAAUAAUAAUUACUUUGUUCAUAUUUUGCAUGACAUUAAUUCUUAACAACCUAUUAGUAGGAUUGAUUGUAACUGAUAUGGAUAUACUUAAAAAAAGAAGCAAGUUGAUGCGUCAAUUAAAAAUGGCUAAAUACGUCGUCAGGGUGGAAAAGUUAAUGAAUACUUUACCAUAUUUGGCAAGUUUAAGUCUGGAUAUCAGUCUGUUUCACAGGAGAGAAGAGAAAUGUCUUUACUUAUCCAUGGAUAUAUUGGACGAAGACGAUAAAGAAUACCUAAAUAACAUUGAUAGAAGCAAAAAGUCUUCGGCAAGCAUUUUAGCUGCCUUACACGGUUUCAUAAGAAAACAAGAUGAUGUCCCAAAACACAAGCAGAAGACGAACGAAUCUUUAGAAGAAUUAAGCUCUUGCGAGACUAUCGACCCUAUCGAAUCCAAUGAAUUUUACUUACAACUAUACCUAAGGUCCCCCACUCCCCAAUCUUCGCGAAGAUGUUCAUCAUUAAUGUAUAACCAAUACCAUCCUAUAUAAUUAACUGGCACUGAAAUUAGUCUUGAAAAAACUAAAAAAUAUAAUAAUAUAAUUUUCUUUAGUACAACAUUUUAAGAAGAUCAACUUUUCAACUAGGAUAAAAACAAUAAGAAUAUGAGAUAACAAUUAGUAGAUGAUAGCCACACUCACUAGCUAUGGAUAUUAAAAUUUUAGAAUUUUAAGCUGAUAAACAAGACAAAACACAAGGACGUUAAUCGUUUGCAGUUGAGAAAACAAAAUGCAUAUAAAUUAAUAGAAAAUAGAUACAAAUCGGCAAAUCACGGCCCCCAAUAAAAGCCAUAUCCCAACUUUAAAAAUCUGUAAUUUUAUUAAUUUCUGUAUCGUUGGAAACACCGAGGGUUAAGUUAGAUGAGCAUCUAAUUCAAGUUACAAUGUUACAAUGUCAACUCUGGUAGCGCUUUGGAGGAAAUCGUCGUUGAUGUUGAAACUGCUGUUCAGCACUUGCCCGAGGCUUCUAAAGUGUUUACAAGAGAGGCUUGUAGAAAUCAGUUAUCAAAAAAUAUCGUUUCAAGUAAUUCAUUAAAAUCUAACAAAGAGCACAAUAUUGUCAAGAGUUUGCGUAACAAGGAUUGUUUCUAUCUAAAAGC